UACCAGGUUAAAAAAAAGGUGGCAGAAAUGAAAGUCAAGUUCACUCACAUGGAAAGCGUGAGGGAUGGUUACGCAGAUAUGAACACUCACUGUGUUUUUGGUGUGACUACAAACAUCCCGUUUGGGCUGAACCAACACCAGGCGCUGCUGACUUUUGAGGAUGAGGAAGUUGCCCAGAGACUGGUCAGAAUGGGUAAGCAUGCUGUGAACCUGGACAACAAAGUAGCAGACGUGAGGGUGAAGCCUUUUACACUUGAAAUGGGGAUGAAAUUUCAGCUCCAUGUCACCAUUUCCGGAAGGAAGAUCAACGUUUCAGAAGUACCUGAGCUAAACAUUCCCGAAGACUGGAUGAGAGACAAAUUAGAGCUGAAUUUCUACAAAUCCGAACAGGGAGGAGGAGGAGAAGUGGAAAGCGUGAGCUACGACAAGCAGUCCAGAACCGCUGUUAUUUCGUUCCUCAGACCUGGAG